AAACGAGCUGCUUGGUCCAUGUGAUGCUACCGAGCCGAAGUCGGCGGGGCUACUUGAGAGGCUAGUGUGUGUGUGUUUGUGUGUACGUAAGAGAAGGUGCAGGGUAGACCUGUAAGUUUUAGACACCACCGAGUCUUACAAAGAUGGAGGCAGCCGACGAGUUCAUGAAGUACCGUUCCCCGCUGGUGUCCAGAUAUGCUAGCAAGGAAAUGGCCUACAACUUCAGUGACAGGAAGAAAUUCACAACCUGGAGGAAGCUGUGGAUCUACCUGGCUAAGGCUGAGAAGGCUUUGGGUCUGCCCAUCACGGACGCCCAGAUCGGGGAGAUGGAGAGCCAUGCAGAGGACAUUGACUUUGCCAUGGCGGCUGAAGAAGAGCGUAAGCUCAGGCACGACGUCAUGGCUCACGUCCACACCUUCGCACACUGCUGCCCCACUGCUGCUCCCAUCAUCCACCUCGGAGCCACCUCUUGCUACGUCGGAGACAAUACUGAUCUGAUUAUGCUGCGUGAUGGAUUUGACAUUCUCUUGCCUAAGCUGGCCAGAGUCAUCGAUAGACUUGCAAACUUUGCAGAGAAAUACGCUGACCUCCCCACGCUUGGCUUCACACACUACCAGCCUGCCCAGUUGACCACAGUUGGGAAGCGAGCUUGUCUGUGGCUGCAGGACUUGGCCAUGGACAUGCGUAACCUCCAGAGAGCACGUGACGAUCUUCGUUUCAGGGGGGUCAAGGGGACCACUGGGACUCAGGCCAGCUUCCUGCAGCUCUUUCAGGGGGACCAUGACAAGGUGGAAGAGCUUGACAGGAUGGUGACAGAGAUGGCUGGCUUCAAAAAAGCAUACCUGGUGACUGGACAGACGUAUAGUCGUAAGGUGGACAUAGACUGUUUGUCCAGCCUGGCCAGUUUGGGAGCUACUGUUCACAAGAUCUGUACAGACAUCCGUCUGCUCGCCAACCUGAAGGAGAUUGAGGAACCUUUUGAGAAAGAGCAGAUUGGUUCCAGUGCCAUGCCCUACAAGAGGAACCCCAUGCGUGCGGAGCGUUGCUGCAGCUUGGCCCGACACCUGGUGGCGCUGAUGGCCGACCCGCUGCAGACGGCCUCGGUGCAGUGGCUGGAGAGGACGCUGGACGACAGCGCUAACAGGAGGAUCUCCCUGCCCGAGUCCUUCCUUACAGCGGACAUCAUCCUGAGCACGCUGCAGAACGUCACAGAGGGACUGGUGGUCUACCCCAAGGUCAUUGAGCGACACAUCCGCCAUGAGCUUCCCUUCAUGGCCACAGAGAACAUCAUUAUGGCCAUGGUGAAGGCUGGAGGAAACAGACAGGACUGCCACGAGAAGAUCCGCGUCCUGUCCCAGGAGGCAGCAGCUGUGGUCAAACAGGAGGGUGGUGAUAAUGACCUUCUGGCCAGAGUCCAGCGUGACCCCUACUUCGCCCCCAUCCUGGGGCAGCUGGACGCCCUGCUGGACCCCAAGACCUUUAUUGGCCGAGCGCCGCAGCAGGUGGCCAGGUUCCUGUCUGAAGAAGUACGUCCCCUGUUGGAGCCAUACAAGACUAAGAUGGAUGUCAAGAUUGAACUUGAGCUCUGACACACACACACACACACUCACACACUCACACACUGAAUUGUAUACGAGCCAAGAGAAAGAGCCUUCAUCAUGGUGUGUGGCCAUGGUGAACGCUGCAUUGUACCUCAAUAAAGAACAAUCGUUGAAGUA